GGGAAGAGCGAGAGGUGGAGAAAGAGAGGGCAGGCGGUAUCGCUGGGAGAUCGUGGGGAAUCAAAGACCGAAAACAGCGUGGACACAAUGAGGCAACCAACGGACGGACCCUGAAUUAGCGACCCUUUAACGCUGGAAAAAGGGGAGCAAUGCUGUUACAGCCCUGCCUCGGCGACGCUUGAUUAACCAUGAUGAAGACCGAGUCGCCGUCCUCUGCCAGCGCUAACACCAGCUCCAGCUCCACGCUGAGGAGCCCGUCCCCUCACCGGAAUGCGUAUGAGGCGGGGAUCCAGGCACUCAAACAGACGAAGGACACACUGAACAAUGCUGCUAACGGGGAUGGGCAGGACGGCAAGACGAAGCCCUCCUCUCGCGGGCGCAGGUAUGGCUCAAACGUGCACCGCAUCAAGAAUAUGUUCAUGCAGAUGGGCUCCACUGUGCCUGGAGAGGGAGAGGACCCGACAAAGGCCAGCGACCGGUCGGUGCGCCUGUCCCUCCCCAGGGCAAGCAGCCUGAAUGAGAACGUGGACCACAGUGCGCUGCUCAAGCUGGGCUCUAGUGUGUCGGAGCGUGUUAGCCGCUUCGACCCCAAGGCAGACAGCGGGCAACCACGGGGCUCCUCUGGCUUCUCCAAGCUGCAGGAGACGCGCAAGAUCUUUGAGCAGCGGCACCUGCAGGAAAAGCAGGCAGCCACCAACCGCAUUCUGCUGAAGAAGGAGCGGGCUGCGGGCUUCCAGGAUGGCCGGCUGGAUGUUGUAGUGCGCUUCAAUGGCAGCACUGAGUCCCUUGACAGCCUGGACCCAGGGGGCGCUGCCGGGGAGGCUGUCUCGCCCACCGUUAGCCAGCUUAGCGCUGUAUUCGAGAAGGCUGACCUGCGCAACAACCUGCACCGGCGCUCCUCCGGCUCUCCGCUGCCCAUGGGGGGUGCCAGCCCCCCACCUGGGAGAGCGAGUGCUCUUGGCUCCAAAGUCGUCUCCAAGAGGGCACGCACCUUCUUGCAGGGUGGCCAGGAUGAGAAUGGCCAUCAAAAGGGCCGCGAGGGGUCUCCCAGGAGCCCCAGGGGAAAAGCAGGCCUCCAAAAUGAGGAGGCUUCCGGCUCUGAAGGAAUGAAACAGGGCUUUCAGGCCACCUCUGGGGAGCUGAGUAAGACUAAGCCUGAGUCAGUGAGUGACAGAGAGAAGGAGGCCGUGGACUCUGGUGCCAUGGAUCUAACUGAAAGAGAACCUAAAGUGGGGGAGCAAGAAGACUCUGGUGGAUCAGACGCUGGGAGCAGGCUUGUGCAGGCUGAGGUUCACGCCUCACUGGAGAAUGGUGAUGCAGCUGUGCAGAAGGGGGCCACAGAAACAGGGCCAUUGGCCCCAGAGGGGCGAAAGUGGGGGGACAGUGACCAGGGGGAUGAGCCUGAGGGGUCCCUUCAUGGGGAGGAUGGAGGAGAGGAGUCCCGCAAGGAGGAUUACUCAGAGGCCGACCUGGUGGAUAUCAGUGCGUACAGCGGCAUUGGGGAGGACUCUGGCGGGAGCCAGCUGGAUGAAGAGGAGGAAGAAGAAGAGGCCUAUGAGCCUGAGUCAAGCUGCACAGAGAUUCCAGGACUGCCUGCUGAGGAGGAGCCGCCACCCAGUCGCAAGAUCCGCUUCAGCACUGGGCCAAUCAAGGUCUUCAGCACCUACUCCAACGAGGACUACGAUCGCCGCAAUGACGACGUGGACCCCAUGGCGGCCUCGGCCGAGUAUGAGCUGGAGAAGAGGGUGGAGCGGCUGGAUCUCUUCCCUGUGGAGCUGGAGAAAGACGGAGAUGGCCUGGGUAUCAGUAUUAUAGGGAUGGGUGCUGGGGCAGACAUGGGCCUGGAGAAACUGGGCAUCUUCGUUAAGACGGUCACCGAGGGAGGGGCUGCACACAGGGAUGGCAGGAUCCAGGUGAACGACCUGAUCGUGGAGGUGGAUGGUACCAGCUUGGUCGGGGUCACCCAGAGCUUUGCCGCGUCAGUCCUGCGAAACACCUCAGGCAAAGUCAGGUUUAUGAUUGGUCGGGAGAAACCCGGGGAGCAGAGUGAGGUGGCCCAGCUGAUCCAGCAGACCCUGGAGCAGGAGCGCUGGCAGAGGGAGAUGAUGGAGCAGCGCUACGCCCAAUAUGUGGAGGACGAGGAUGAGACCGGUGAGUAUGCAACCGACGAGGAGGAGGAGAUGAGCCCCAUGUUCCCCAAUGCCAUCGAGGUCUUCGACCUGGCCGAGAAUGAGGACAUGCUGUCCCCCAUCGAGAUGGACCCUGAGAAGCUGGUCCACAAGUUUAAGGAGCUCCAGAUAAAGCACGCUGUAACUGAGGCUGAGAUCCAGCAGCUGAAAAGGAAGCUGGCACACGCAGAGCAGGACAAGCUGCGGUGGCGCAUGGAGAAGGCGCAGCUGGAGCAGAGCGUACAGGAGAACAAGGAGCGCAUGGAGAAGCUGGAGGGCUACUGGAUGGAGGCGCAGAGCCUGUGCCAGGCCGUGGACGAGCACCUGAAGGAGACGCAAACCCAGUACCAGACCCUGGAGCGCAAGUACAGCAAGGCCAAGCGCCUCAUCAAGGAAUACCAGCAGAAGGAGAUUGAGUUCCUCAAGAAGGAGACUGCCCAGCGACGUGCCCUGGAGGAGUCAGAAGCUUCCCACAAGGAGGAGACGGAGAAGCUGCAGGACAAGGUAGUGGAGGAGGCUCAGAUUGCAGAUUUGGAGGCCAAGGUGGAAGCACUGAAGACAUCUACUGCUUCUUAAAACCAUGAAGCGAAGAGGAGAGAGAUGAAUUUAACCUGGCCAUCACUUUAAUUAUGUUUUCCUGACAGACCGCAAGAACAACAAAUAAAGGAAAGAAAAGAGACUAUUUGAACAAGACCCCGACUGGGGCAACACUGAGGGAGUGAGGAAAGGGGGAGGGGUUAAAAAAGGAAAAAACUUCCCAUCUGGAACCUUUCUUCCCUUUAGCCUUAUCAUUCAGCCCAGGACAGUAUCUGCCCCAAAGAUCCUGUCUCUGGUUGGUUACCGGCUGCUUUCGUGUACAGUCAGGCUUCUGUUGCUGAAUAUUAUUUCC